AUGGACAGGUCACGGGCUGUGAAUCCGGACUGCCCCGAGUGGAGCCGGAACUUCCCGAAGGCUCCAGCGUCCUGCCAAUGCUCCGAGUAUUACCGAAGCUCCCCGAGCGGAGAGAGGCGGAAAGGCCCGAGUGUUGCCGAAGCUCCCCGAGCGGAGAGAGGCGGAAAGGCCCGAGUGCUGCCGAAGCUCCCCGAGCGGAGAGAGGCGGAAAGGCCCGAGUGCUGCCGAAGCUCCCCGAGCGGAGAGAGGCGGAAAGGCCCGAGUGUUGCCGAAGCUCCCCGAGCGGAGAGAGGGGGAAAGGCCCGAGUGCUGCCGAAGCUGCCCGAACACGGGGAGGCGGAAGGGCCCGAGUGUUGCCGAAGCUGCCCGAACACGGGGAGGCGGAAGGGCCCGAGUGCUGCCGAAGCUGCCCGAGCGUGCUCGGAGGCCGGUACCGUCCGGCCCUGGGCUGUGGUUUCCGUGAGUAGCCGCCCGGCGCCGCGGCCGGCCCGGACAUGGCCUCCUUCAUCGCUCAUCCUUCCGUACGCAUCAAAGGAACAGAACACAGCUACAGCCCAGUCCUGUGCCAAGAUGACCAGUGUGCUGCCAGUAUCAAAGGGAGGCACACCCACUGUCCAUUCUGCAGCAUUUCAGAGGCUUAUCAGGACCCAUUCAUUCUCCAGGCUCACUACCGGGUCAAACACGUGGACAAGGGGCUUGACUUUGCAGGAUUGGCUGCUCCUGGGGUUCCUCCCUCAGGGAUGCUCAGCUCGCACCAAAUCUUCCCUCCUCAAAGAUCCACUCCCACCUCUCUUCUGUCCAGGACUGAAGAUCCUGCGGUGCUGCAAUCACUGCGAGAUUGUGGGCACGAUCAAAGGGGAGAAGAAGUUCAAAGGGGCGCACUGGCACUGCUACCGCUGCCGCAAUGGCUUCAACCGGCGGGACGAGGCGGUGAAGCACUACAAGACCCACUUCCGGAACCCCCACACCACCUUCCAGAUCCAGAUCACACAGGAUGUCAAUAGCCGCCAGUAUUACCAACACAGUGCCGAAGCCCACCCCAAGGCCUAUGGUAGCCUCCAUGUGUCCACUGGAGCCAGCAUCGAUGUGAUGGCCAUAGGCUCGGUGCUGGCACAGACCGUCCUGGCAUCAGGAUCUCCUGUCUUCACCAUCGACAAGGGGACAAAAAGCCUCUCGGGCAACCCUGCCAAGCCCUGUGAGGGGCUGGAUCAGAACUUGCUGAAGAAACAACUGAUUGAGCUACACCAGCAGAACCAGCAGCUGCUGGAGGAGAAGAAGGAGAUGGAACAGAAGCUUCGGGCAGAGAUCCUGCAGCUAAAGGAACAGAUUGCCAGCAUUGUCCAAGCUAACAUCCGCAUGGCAGAGGAGCUGAAACGGUACCAAACCUCAGAUGACCUGGAGAAGAAAGUCAGCAAGAUGAUUGAGCAGAUGGAGUGGCAGCACCGGGAACUGCUGCAGAUGCAGGUGGCAGCCCUGCGGAAGGAGUUUGCUCAGAAAGAGAGUCAGCUGCCAAACGGCAAAUCCACACCUCCAGCAGACGCUGCCCUGGAAACCAGGGAGCCAGCUGUGACCUCCUCCGUGCACACUCUUCUGGCCAGCGCUGCCCUGACCUCCACAAACAGCACCGGCAGCACCCGGUUCACCCUGCCCAACAGUCUGGUGGGCCCCCAGAACACUGCGACACCCAGGCCAUUAGACAUUAGUACUGGGAAUGUCAUCUCCUUCAUUGACCCGCCAGAAAGCUUACCUGGCACUGGGAGCAACAGCCUGCAAAAGCUGGAGAUCGUGGAGUUGCACCUGGACAUGAAACCGACCAAAGCGAACCAGGAAGCUGGCUCCCCACCAGCUCACGUCCAGCUCCUCCCCAUUGGCGAAAUGAACGAACCCAUGGGACUGCUGCCUACGCUGGGCGGAGAGAAGCGGCUGGCACAGCAUGCGCUGGCAAGAGAAACCAAAGCCAAACAGCAGCGGACAGUCUGAUCCCACACGGGGAACUUACACACACAAGCCAUGACAAACCUCUCUCUUCCUAAGCCAGUAGCCAAACAAAUUUGCCAGUUCCCUGUUUUGUACCCAGUGCUUUAAAUUGAUAGUUAUACAUGGUGCUGUCAGUUAUUAAACCUUAAGUUAUACAUUUAUCCAUA